AUGUCAGAUGAUGAGAUUAAGCAGUUGUGCUUAGUGGAUAUAGACAAGAUCUUACAUUGCUAUGGUAAAAUCUUGAAAGACUAUCCUCCUAUGCCUUUAGCAACUAAAGGUGAUAGUUCUUUGUUAACCGAAAGGGUUAUUAGGGAAGAGCUAAACUUUAGUAGGGAUGAUUUUAAAAAAAAUGCCUCAAACAUGUUAGCCAUCGCAACACCUGAGCAGAGAUAUGCAUUUGAUAAAAUUGUUACAGCUGUGUAUUGUGAUGAAGGGGUUUUUUUCUUUGUAUGUGGUCAUGGGGGUACUGAAAAAAUAUUUCUUUGGAACCUUAUGUCUGUUGAGAUUCGCUCAAGAGGUGAUAUAGUGUUAAACGUUGCUUUGAGUGGUAUUGCAUCUUUACUUCUUCCCAAUGGAAGAACGGCACACUCAAGGCUCAAAAUACCGCUGAAUAUAACUGAGGAUUUUGUAUGUAACAUCAAACCUAGUUUUCCUCAAGCAAUGUUGCUGUUAAAAGCCAAACUUAUAAUUUGGGAUGAGACUCUAAUGGUAGAGACUUUAGAUAAAUUUUUCCUGUCAUUCUACGAGGAUCGAGACAAGAUAUCGUCAUUCAACCAUGAAUUCAUCUUACCUUUAGAAGUUUUGUCAGGUGACAAUAUGGAUGGUGAAUCUGAGAUAUGUCUUCCAGGAGAUAUUGUUAUUCCUUCUUUGGACCAGGCAUUUGAUGAGUUGGUUCAUUUUUCUUAUUCAAAUAUUUUAGAAAACAUGUCCUCAAAGGAUUUUUUCAAAGCAAGAACUAUACUGGCUCCCACGCUAGACAUAGUUGAAAAGAUCAACAACCAUCUGAUGGUUAUCAUUCCUGGAGGGGAAAAAUUAUAUCUUAGUUUGGAUUCCAUUCGUAUGGAUGAAGGGAAUAUAGAGAGUCAACUAGAUCUCUAUGGUCCUGAAUUACUGAAUAGCAUAAAUUACUCUGGUUUGCCUCCACAUAAAUUAAUACUCAAGGUUGGUGUUUCGGUGAUGUUACUGAGAAAUAUUGACCGAUCCAGUGGUCUUUAUAAUGGUACAAGGCUACAAGUAAGGAAGCUUGAAAACCAUGUCAUAGAAUGUGAAGUCUUAACGGGUAACAAUAUUGGUCAUAUUGCCUUUAUUCCAAGAAUGAAUAUGGUACCAACAAAUGAAACCGUCCCAAUUAGAUUCCAACGAAGACAGUUUUCCAUAAUAGUAUCGUUUGCUAUGACAAUUAAUAAGUCUUAG